AUGAAAUUUGUGAGUAUCGCCUUACUUGUUUUGGCUCUUGCUGCUGCUGAUAACUGGGCCGUGCUUGUUGCCGGUUCUGAUGGUUUCUGGAACUACAGACACCAGGCUGAUGUUGCCCACGCGUAUCAGAUCAUGAGACGCGGAGGAAUUCCUGCUGAUCACAUUGUGACGAUGAUGUACAACGAUGUUGCUUCUUCUUCUUUCAAUCCUUUCCCUGGUGAGCUUUACAACCACCCUGGUGACGAAUCUCCUGAUGUGUACAAGGGAGUGGUCGUUGAUUACGAGGGAGAGGAUGUGACCCCUGAGAACUUCAUGAAGGUGCUGCUUGGAGACGAGUCCACUGGAAAGAAGGUCCUGAAGACCAACGAGAACGAUAACAUUUUCAUGUUCUUCUCUGACCACGGUGGCCCGAACGUGCUUUGCUUCCCUAACGGAGAUCUGUCUAAGGAUGACUUCCAGGCUACUCUGAAGAAGAUGCACGAGCAGAAGAAGUACAAGCACUUCGUGCUGUACAUUGAGGCUUGCUACUCUGGUUCCAUGGGUGUUGGUUUCCCUGAAGAUUUGGGCAUCAGCAUUGUCACCGCUGCCAACGACUCUGAGUCCAGCUGGGGCUGGUACUGUGGAGAAGAGGCCGUUGUGAAGGGAAAGGACAUUGGUAGCUGCCUUGGUGAUGAGUUCUCCGUGUUCUGGAUGGAGGAUACUGACAAGGGCGAGCAGAGAACCGAGACUCUGAACGAGCAGUGGAAGCGCAUUCACGACGGUGUGACCAAGAGCCACGCUUCUCGCUACGGAGAUGUCUCCUUCGAGAGCGAUCUGAUUGGUGAGUAUGUGGGCUACCCCGAGGAGAAGUUCAACUACGACCACCAGAGCUCUGUUGCCUGGGAUUCUCGUGAUGCCAAGUUCCUCUUCCUUCUGUACAAGUAUCAGCACACUACUGGAAGCGAGAAGGCGAAGUGGGAGAAGCUCUAUCUUGAGGAGAUGAGCCUUCGUCAGCAGAUUGAUCGCUACAUCAACUCGUUUGCUAAGGAGAGCAAGCUCUACUCUGCUAGAGUUAGCGGUGAGAUCAAUAUGGAGUGCUACAUGGCUGGUAUUGAGCAGAUGGUGGCUAUCUUCGGUCACAAUGAUUACCAGUACAAGUACUACAACGUGCUGGCUAACAUGUGCGUUGAGAACCCUCGUGCUUUCCAUCAUUAAAAAGAUAUGAGCAUUGAGUG